AUGGCCAUCAAUAAGGCCAAAAGAGCUCGCCGUGAGCGCGAAGAAGUCAAGAUCAAUCUGAUAAAGUCUCAGGAGCUCGAGGAAACCACUCCUCCUGUCCCAACCACUCUAACUUUAACCACUCCAGCCACUCCAGCGAUUCCAGCGAUUCCAGCGAUUCCAGCGAUUCCGGCCACUAAACCUCCCAAGACUGAGCGUCAGAUGGAGGACAUCAACCAUCGAUACCUCGAGCUAGACAACUCACACCAAGCAGCAAACGCAUAUCACGAGCUUCAUCCUGGUUCAAUCAAAGAGAUUAUCAAUCGAUCACAUCAGCUUGAAGAAUUGAGAGAGUUCAACUUCUUGAGGAAGAAGCUCGAACUAGAGAGUUCAAAAACCGCCUCAAUACCGGCCUCAAUUGAGACAGCCAUGUGCUCUAUGCGCCAACAACAAAACUCAGAUCCGGACUGGGAAGGGGCUGGAGUACACCAUGCUCGCAAAAUUCGACAGCUUGCUGCAUUUGUGAUCCUCCAUCAACGUCUGCCUGAAGAAAACCGCGGGAAAUUGACUGUGCACAGCUGUAUGCUUGACAACAUGGGCUUCUUGAAAGCAAUCACCGAUUGGAUUGCCACUGUGAGAGUAGGAAAGGUAAUGUUUUCGCUUCUAUGA